AUGGAGACUCCCGGAAAAGCUACUUCACCGCCCCCGGGUCCCCACGCCCUCCGGGGCCGGACAGCAGCAGGCAAAGGCGGGCCGCGCCCCCGGUUCCCCCUCCCCUCGCUGCCGUACAGGCUCCGGCCCAUUCCCCGGAAAACUCCGGCCAACUGCAGUCCCCGCCCAAACAGGGGUCGGGAGGAGGGAGAGGGGGCAAAGAGGCGCAAAGAGGGUCCAUGGAACCAUUUCUACCAGCCCAUAAAUAUCCCGGGACUAGGAGGUGCUAAAAAUUCCGUGCGCGGGCGUGCAAGGGCCUCCCGGCGCCCCCCUCCCGGCUGCGAGUGGCGGCAACACUGCGGCGGCUUUUUCCCGGGAGGGGCCGAAGGCUCCAGGGCCCCUCCCCCUCAGAGGACACUAGGGGGCCACCCGGGAGGGGAGAACCCGUGCGCCGCCCCGAGUCCGAGGUACAGGAGCCCGGGAGGGCCCGCCCGGACUACUGCACAUUCUAGUCCCUCCUGGCCGAACCCAAAUUCGGCCUCUGGGGCCAAACUGUGGGUCAGGCAGAGGGGCUCUAAACGCCUUAGAGAGGAGGAACGCACCCGCCCAAGGGGUGGUGGGAAGUCCGCCCCGGCCCCUCCCCAAACCGCCUCGGAGACCCACCUUCCACCUCCUCCUUUAGCAGCUGAGAACUUGGGGGCGUUUAUGGCGCCCCCGGAAGAAGGUUCGCAGACUGAGAGACUAUCACCUCUGCGGCACCCUUCUCUCUCCCCUUCUCCUUUCACACAUGCACACCUCCAGCCUCUCGCCAGUGGUCGCAGCCCAGCUACUGAACCCCCUCUGUCCACCUGGCUGCGGUCUCGCAACACCCAAAGCCCCCCCUUUCUCCUAAACACUUCCCCUCCCCCUCCAUUCGGAGCAGCCCCCCUCAAUGCGGAAAUGUCCCCGCCGCGCAGACAGAUAGGAGCAGCCACCAGUCAGGAGCCGAGGCGGAUUCAGGCCCUGGCCAAUGAAAUGUACGGAGGUGGCAGGGGGCGGGACGUCUGCGGCCUGAGGGAACCCAGCUGA